AUGGGUUCUGUGUCUGAAACUGUUUGUGUCACCGGGGCCGCGGGUUUCAUCGGAUCAUGGCUCGUCAUGAGACUCAUGGAGCACGGUUAUACCGUUCGAGCCACCGUUCGCGAUCCGGAUAACAUGAAGAAGGUGAAGCAUUUGUUGGAACUGCCGGGUGCAAAUAGCAAAUUGACUCUUUGGAAAGCUGAUCUUGCUGAAGAGGGAAGUUUUGAUGAAGCAAUCAAAGGUUGUACUGGAGUUUUUCAUGUGGCUACACCAAUGGAUUUUGAAUCCAAGGACCCUGAGAAUGAAGUGAUCAAGCCUACCAUAAAUGGAGUACUAGACAUCAUGAAAGCAUGCCUCAAGGCGAAAACUGUUCGGAGAAUGGUUUUCACGUCAUCGGCUGGAUCACUCAACGUCACUGAAAAUCAAAAGCUCUUGUGGGACGAGAGCGAUUGGAGUGACGUCGAGUUUUGUCGGAGAGUUAAAAUGACUGGAUGGAUGUAUUUUGUUUCUAAGACACUUGCUGAACAAGAAGCAUGGAAAUUUGCUAAAGAGAACAACAUGGAUUUAAUCACAAUCAUUCCACCUCUUGUUGUUGGUCCUUUUCUUAGUCCAUCUAUGCCACCUAGCUUAAUCACUGCCCUUUCUCCUAUUACAGGGAAUGAUGCCCAUUAUUCAAUAAUAAAACAAGGUCAAUUUGUUCAUUUGGAUGAUCUUUGUGAAGCUCAUAUAUUCUUGUUUGAGCAUCUGGAAGUUGAAGGGAGGUACAUAUGUAAUGCAUGUGAAGCCAAUAUUCAUGACAUUGCAAAAUUAAUCAAUGCAAAAUAUCCAGAGUACAAUGUCCCUACAAAGUUCGAGAAAAUUCCUAAUGAGUUGGAGCAUAUUAGAUUUUCUUCAAAGAAGAUCGAAGAUUUGGGAUUCGAGUUUAAGUACGGGUUGGAGGAUAUGUACACCCAAGCUAUUGACUCAUGCAGAGAAAAAGGACUUCUUCCUAAAGCCAUCAAAGCUAUUAACUCGGGCAGAGAGAAAGGGCUUCUUCCUAAAGCCAUCGAAGCUAUUGACUCGUGCAGAGAAGAAGAGGUUCUUCCUAAAAAUAUUGAAGUUCUAAAAAUGAACGGAGUCACACAGAAAUAA